AUGUCAAAAGGGAGCAAUAAUGAUCCGGUGCCGACAAGCACCGAACAAAUGAAAGAAAUAAUUGCCGAGGAAGUAGGAAAGGCAAUUGAAGGCAGUCUAUCUGGGUUUAUAGACAAGAUUCAAGGUACGGUGUUGUCACUCGUAGAAGAACGAGUUAAAAGGUUGGAGGAUACGGUCAACCUUAUGAAAGAUAAAACUGGAGAACGUAAAGGGUGCUCAUACAAAGAAUUCAUGGCGUGUAAACCGCCAAUCUAUAACGGGGAGGUCGACCCGAUAAUUUGCCAAAGAUGGAUAAGCGAUGUUGAAGGAGUGUUUGAACGAACCCAUUGUGACGAAGGUGACUUUGUCGCUUACGGAACGGGUCAAUUGAGAAAUCAAGCCAAGGAUUGGUGGGAUAACAAGAAGAAGGAAAUGGGAACCGAAGCGGCGAGGGCUAUGAGUUGGGACGAGUUUAAGGUACCAUUCCUUAAACACCACAGUCCUAAAGCGGUUAUAAACAGAAUCAAAGAAGAAUUCAUCCAGCUGAGACAAAAGGGUGAAACAAUUGAUAAGAUCACGGGUAUCUUCAUGGAUAAGCUGAGAUUUUGUGACGAGUUAGUCACCACUGAAGAACAAAAGAUAUAUUACUAUUACAACAUGCUGAGUGCUGAAUACCGGGAAUUUAUGACUCCAUCAAAAUACGAGACCCUCACGGAGAUUAUCAACACCGCCCGGGAACGUGAAAUCGAGUUAAAGAAACAAGUGGAAAGAGGUGAGCGAAGGGCACAUGAUGUAAAUCCAAGCCCUACAAAGAAAGCCCGAACGGGAGAAUCGGGAAAGAAGGUGGAUGCUAAGAGUGGGUCGCCAAAUUGUAAAGUCUGCGGGAAAGGACACAAGGGGGAAUGUCGGUUCAAAGACAAGCCAUGCCCCAUAUGUAAUAAGACGGGGCACACGACCUCGCUAUGCCCGGGAAAAGUAUCUGUUUGCUACAAUUGCUAUCAACCCGGCCAUAAAAAGUCCGAAUGCCCGGACUUAGUUGGAAAGAAAGACGCGAAGGAGUCUCCAGCAGAAGCCCCCAAAGCAAAGGCUAGGUCCUUCCAACUUACCGCAGCUGAAGCGAAAACAGAACCCGAUGUGGUUUCAGAGGUCGAAGUAGGGGACAAUAAAAGUUUUAUAGUUUGUGAUGUCUGUCGAGGCUGCAAAUUAAGCAUCAACGAUGAGGAAUACCUGAUAGACUUAAUCCCGAUGUCAAUGGGGGAAUUUCAAGUAGUCGUCGGGAUGGACUGGCUAGCCCAGCACCAUGCAAAAGUCGUGUGUUUCCGCAAAGAGAUAAAAUUAACAUCUCCGAGCGGGAAACACGUUACCAUUUAUGGCAAAAAGGGAGGUAGCCCCAUUGUGUGCUCAAUGAUGAAAGCUCACAAGCUUAUGAAGCGAGGAUGCAAGGCGUUCAUGAUAUACGCAAACGAGCCUGAGAAAGAAUCACAAAAGAUUGAAAAUGUACCGGUAGUAAGAGACUUUCAAGAUGUAUUUCCGGAGGAUUUACCGGGAAUACCGCCUGAACGGGAACUGAACACGCAAACCACUUACGAGAAGUGUUAG